AUUUUUCUAAACUAUAAUUUUAUAAUUGAAAAUAAUUUAUUCCUUAAUUGUUAUAUAGCAUAAGGAUUUUAAAUAUUGUGUUAAUUAUAUUUUAAUUUUACAUCUACAAUACUGGUAAUUUGUAAGAUGGCAGACGAUGUUGGAUCUGUAGCUGCAUGGCGUGUAGCUCUCCAAGCAAUGUCCGAACGAUGUGAAAGACUACAAUCUCGAUUAGAUAUUGUUGAAAAAGAAAAUUUAACUAUUAAAACGCAUUGUACAUGUCAAACAGUUAAUAACCAAUCUGUACAAAUUAAUAUCAAAGAGUUAUCUUGUAAAAAGGAACAAUUGGUUGAAUAUUUACGUAUAGUAACUAAUGAAAAUCGUACUUUGUGGACAAAAUUGUCAGCAUUAGAUUGUCCAGCAGUUUAUUCUAAUGAUAAAAUCAAGCCAAAGAAUUCUUUGGCAAUCAUUGACAAUUAUUUGAAGUACAAUGAUAUUGAUCUGAAGAUGAAUUCUAAUAGUAUCAUGGAUACAGAGGAUGAUGUAGCAAGUCUUCAGUACAGUUCAGAUGAUGAAACUUGGCCAAUGUUAUUAUCAGAACUUAAUACAUACAAAGAAAAAUUAACAUUGGCUAAACAUUUACUAGCUGAUCAAAAUGAUUUAAUUCUUAGUAUCACUUCAAGAUUUAAUUUGCUUGUAGAAGAAGUUAAAGUUAUAAAACCAAACACAGAAUAUAGAGAUGCAGAAACACUAACAACAUCUACAUUAGAUUCGAGUCAAUCUUGUAUUUGUGGAAUUCGGGCAAAACCAGAUAACCAAAGUAUAUGCCCUCUAUGUAAGUUAUACAUAGUAGGUGCUGAUGAAGAUAGCAUGUUUGAUAAACUAGUUGAACAUGUGACGAGUCAUUUUCCAGACGAAGAACCUGAAACUACUAUAGAUAGUUUAUCUGGACAUUAUUAAAAUAAUUUAUGGCAAUCAUUAAA